AUGCGGCCACCACUCACAAAGGAACUUUGGUAUCAGAAUGAUGAUGAAAAAGUUAAAAACCUCAUUUUCAGGACUUAUGGUGGAAAGGAAAGAACAAUAUUUUUUGAAAAAGAGGGCUACUUUUUUGAGCCAAAGGAGUUGGAAUCAAAUGAGCAUGGUGGCACAGCUUUGGCAUUGGGUCUUAAGGUUUCAAAGAUAGAUGUUGAUGACCAAAUCGUUUAUUUUGAUAACGGACAAAAGAUAAAAUAUGAAAAAUGUCUCAUUGCUACAGGAGGUACCCCCAAAAAUUUGGAAAUUUUUAAAAAUGCACCACCACCAAUUUCUCAAAAAGUUUUACUCUUCAGAACGGUUGAAGAUUUCAAUAAACUGAAUGAUCUGGUGCAUAAAGUUCAGUCCAUUGUGAUAGUUGGAGGAGGAUUUCUUGGAAGUGAAUUGGCUUGUGCCCUGGGAAAAAAAUCUGCUGAGUUAAAAUCCUUCAAAGUUAUCCAAGUUUUCCCAGAAAAAGGCAACUUAGGUUUAGUUUUACCCGAAUAUUUGAGUAAAUUUGCUACAGAAAAAAUAAAGCAAGAGGGUGCUGAGAUACUAGCUGAAAGAAAGAUUCACCAAGCAAGUUAUGAUAAGACAGCUGACAAGGUCCUUUUGACGCUAGAUGACAAUAGUGAGAUAUCGGCUGAUUUGGUAGUAGUGGCUGUAGGACUGGAUGCAAACAUUGACCUUGCCAAAGCAUCAGACCUCGAGGUGGAUCCGCGUUUAGGUGGCUUCUUGGUUAAUUCCGAACUCGAAGCAAGAUCGAAUUUAUGGGCUGCAGGUGAUGCGGCUUGUUUCUACGACGUCAGGUUAGGAAGGCGAAGAGUGGAACACCAUGACCACGCAGUUGUUAGCGGUCGUCUGGCCGGCAUGAACAUGACCGGUGCUAGAAAACCCUACAAACACCAAUCCAUGAUAUGGUCUGAUAUUGGACCGUAUAUCGGUUUUGAAGCUAUUGGUUUGAUUGAUUCAGCACUACCUACUGUUUCUGUCUUUGCCAAACUUCCAAAUAGUUCAACGCCUGAUACAAAUAUUGAUGAUGCUAAAAGUCAAGAUUCUGAAAAAACAGAUCCAAACCCACAAAUAAAAGAAUUAACACUUGAAGAAACCUCAUCAAAACUCAACUCUUUGGAUGAUGAUGAGUACAGGAAAGGUAUUGUCUUCUACCUGAAAGAUGACGUCGUGGUAGGCGUAUUGAUGUGGAACGUUUUCAGUGGCAUGAGCGUGGCCAGACAGAUUAUUCAAGAAAGCAGAAAAUUUGAUGAUUACGCCGAAGUUGCAAAGCUUUUCCAUCUGUUUUACAAACCUGAAGAUGAAGAUGACAAAGAUAAAACAAAAGAACCUGAUCAGACUGAAACUAAAGCAAAAAAAGAAGUCGGAGAAGGAGCAGGUUUCUAUGUUGGUCGAUAG